GAACAACAGCAGCAACAGCAAGAGAAACAUUCAACAAAUACAGCGAGGGAUUAAAAGCAAGCAAAAACAGCCAUAAAUGUGCCAUUAACGAACGUAGACCAUCCCGUACCAUGGUCCAACAUCAGCUGCCCGGGGUGGCCAAAUGAAUCACGUUCCUUUGAGGAAAGUGCGUCGAGUCCAUUAAGCGGACACACACAUCCCCAGCCAGAACCAGCGGAGACACCAGCUUCGGCACUAAAACGCUUGAUUAACUCCCCGUGGAAGCGAGUGGAACAGGUGGACCGUGUCGUGGUGUAUCGUAAGCCCCCCCCAGCUGUCAUGGCACACUUUUGCUGGUUCCUCAGAUUGGGCUUUCUGCUGCUGAUGCUGUCCGGUGGCUGUCGGACACGUCCCACGGGGCGGCAGAGUGAGCUCAUCGCCGGCAAUGAGUUCCUCAAGCUGUUCCUCGACCACGACGAGCAGCAGCGUAGCCUGCACAGCAGCGAACAGGAGUUCGAGGGUCGGGCGGAGCCCCAUCGCCAGCGUACAGCUAAUGGCAGGAGCCUGGAGCACAGGACACGCUUCAGGAACACGCUGCCCAACAGCAAGGAUCACGAGGGCAGGCAGGAGAGAGGCGAGGUCGUGAAGCUGGUCACCUCCGGCAGCAAGAUCGUCUUCCUCGAGGAUGAGCCCCGUCCGCGAUCCAGCAGCAAGUCCAAGUCCAGUGAUGAGGUCAAGGUCGUGGCCGUCAGCGUGAGCUCCUCCAGCAAACGUGGUCCCAGUCCUCGCACCAGUCCACGUUCCAGCACGAGUUCCUCCAGCUCCUCGACUGCCACUGGCAGCGACUUUGUGAAUCGUUCGCACAAGAGCGAGCUCUCCAUUGAGGAGACGGAGCCACGACUGGCGGCCGACGCCAUGGAGGGGGACAGCGACUCGCUGAACAGCGCCUCCAACAUACAGAGCGUCUUGGCGGCACCAGCAGCGGCGGCACACGCCGCCUCCUCGUUCCCGCGUGGCAGCAGCAACCAAAGCGAGGUAGCCGUCACCCAUGAGGCAGUCGAGGGCGAGGACAAGUUGCUGCCGUUCCAGACGGUGAUCUAUCACGACUCCAAGCAGGGUCGCGGGCCGCAGUCAAGAUCAAUAUCGUACAGCUCCAUAUCGCAGAAUGUGGACGAUCUGCAGGUCUGGCAGCAGUCCACACGCGGCGGCAUCCUAGCCGAGGCGCAGCGGAAUGUGAGCGAGAGCCUGAAACCCAUACCUAGGCCAGCACACGGCCAUUCUUCGUCCUCGGAGCCGGCCAAGUUCUACUCCGUGCCCUCGAAGAUGUACAGUGUGCCGAGCAAGUUCUAUUCGGAGCCAUCUAAGGUGUACUCCGAACCCGCCAAGAUGUAUGGACAGCCGGAGAAAGUUUACUCGGAGCCGUCAAAGGUGUAUGGACAGCCCUCGAAAUUCUACUCGCAGCCGGCAAAGGUGUAUGGGGAGCCGGCCAAGGUGUACGGAGAGCCAGCCAAGACCUACUGGCCCCAAACGGUGACCACCACCACUCCCGCCACGACUGGGCCCUCGUCCCCAUUGGAUACCAGUUCCAGUCCGAUGAAGGCGCCUGGAACUAGUACAACUCCCAUGCCCAUAACUGUGCCGCCGGGGGCUGCCCCCAGCACCUUUGUGCCCUCACGUUCCCGGCCGCGACCAGCAAUUGUCUCUCGCAUCGCUUUUGGCGAGGCUCAGAGCACAAGCACCACAACGGCAGCACCGCCAGCCACCACAUCUGCCCCUUUGGGCACCACCGCCAAGCAGCCAGAGUCCAGCACGCCUGCCACCGUCAGACCAACCACUUGGCAACACCAUUAUCACAGUUACAACCAUCAGCAGCAUCAUCAUCCUACUGACUCGCCGCCGCGUCGAGUACUCUUCAAUUUGGAUAAAUUGCCUUAUGAUUUAUUGAAUGCACCACAGCCGCCGCAGUCGCCCCACCAUCAUCCAUUGGAUCCCAGUCCGAGCCACUUACAACAGCAACAGCAGCGUCCAUGUUGGGAGCAACAGCAACGUCAGCAUUCAUCACUGCCGCAUCAACAUUCUAAUCAAAAUGCCAAAGGAUUGCCCAAUAGAGAUCUAGUCAAAUGUAGUUCCAAAUUUGCACACCAACAUGGAACAUCAUCAUCAUCACCAACAGCAGGGGCAUCAUCAUCAUCAUUGGGUGGUUCAUCAGGGGCGGCUGGCUAUUCGUACAGCUCCAGCUCGACAAGCUCCUCUUCAUCGUCGUCAUCGUCCUCCUCUUUGGGCCGACCCCGCGACUCCAUCAGCCAUCAGCCGCUACAUCACCACUUCACCACCGAACGCCCCGAGCAGUACACCCCGACCUCAGAGCAGAAUUUCGAAAUUGAAGAGUCCGUAAGUGUUAUGACAAACGGACGAGCCCACGGACCGCAGGGCCAGGGCGGCCAGGGCGGUGGGGCAGCACAGACUCUGUCUCUGGCCACAGUCACAUCUGCAGCCACAGCCACAGCCACACCAGCUGCGGCCACAACCACAGCCACAGCCACAGUGGCAACCACGGCAACCAGCGGUCGCGGCCGAGGCAUAGACAGGGGACGUGGCUCGGUGGUGUACAACGCCGACGCAAAUGCCAACCACGAUUACAACGCUGGCCAAGACAACGAAGACGACGACGGCGGCGAGAGGGAGGUGGAAUCUGCUGAAGAUGGUGCAGAUGGUGAGCGCGGCCGAGAGGGUGGGCCGGGCAACGAGGAGGAGGACAAAGUCGCCUAUGUGGUGGAGGGACGCAACUAUCGCAAGUAUCGGGUGGAGGAGAAGACCGACGAUGGCUUCAUUGUCGGCGAGUAUGGAGUGGUGGACCACAACGAUGGCAACCUGUGGGGCGUGCGCUAUACCGCCGAUUCGACCAUUAACCGCAGCCUGAUCCAGAAGGCCCUGCUGGCAUUUCUCAAGCUCAAGUGAGAAUGAGAGAGAGAGAGAGAGACAGUCCUACUCUUGCCGAUUCCACAACAGCUGCUAAGGCAGGCAUUCCACAUGUGAUCCAAGUCGUAUUGUAGUUAGCGUAGAUUAGCCUAAAUAGAUAUACUAGAUAGAUAGUUAGUUAGUUGUACUCGUAGUAGAUGUGUGUCUGGCCAUUAGCCAGACGAUGUCGAUGCGAUUCCCACGAGAUCAGCAACACACUCGCACUCACAAUCCUCUAACUCCCUCCACUCCAUUCCCACUGAGUGUGUGUUUCGUGUGUGUGUGUGUGUGUGUGUGUGUGGCUUAGUCAGUAAACGAAUUUGUUUAAUGUGUAGUUAAUGUUUUAAUUAAUUUAUUGUAGUUGUUGGUAUUGUAAUUGUAAACGUAACACCUAAUUUAUUCAGUUGAUCAGCCACGAAAUUACACAGACCUAGCAACUUGCCAUACAACGCGUACGAGUUACACCUGCGAGCGUAGACGCCGAAUGCCGCACCUAGAACUAGAAGAGCCGCCUAAGCGCCAUUCGAAACUAUCCUAAUUAGACACUAAGUGACUCUACCCUCCUUCCCCCUCCCCCCUUGAAUAGUGAAA